GCAUCACUCCCGUCUCUGCCUCCCUGGUAAUAUGGGCUUCUCCCCUGUGUCUGUGCAUCUCUCUUCCCGUUGCCUUCUUAUAAGGACACUGGUUAUUGGAUUUAGGGACCCCACAAUCCAGUAUGAUAUUUUAACUGAUGACGUCUACGAAGACUCUAUUUCCAAAUGAGGUCACAUUCAGAGCUCCCGGGUGGAUAUGAACUUGGGAGGACACUAUUCAACCCAGUACUACUAGUAGUUUCUGCAAACCUCAGUUUCCUCAUUUGUAAAAUGGGGAAAAUCAAAUGUCCAUCUGGCAAAUAUCUUAGGAUUAGACACAGCAAGGAAAGAGUCAGGCACACAGUGGUGUUGGACGUGUGCAAGCUCUUUUUACCAUUGAAUCUUCAGUAGCUUCGUACUGUGUCCACCCCGCCCCCUGACAGCCAUCAUUCGUCCAUUCACUGAUGACCAUUGGGCCUUGCGGAGACUCAGACAGAUACAGGAGGUGGACCAGCUACCGCACAGAGAUGGAAAUCUGAGGGCAGGAAGAGAAGACCCUGGGACAUCUGUGGCUGGGGUCAAAGUUGAACCUAGAGACUCUAGAGCCCAUGCCCUUGGCCGUGCUGCCGUCCUGCCUCUGAGUUUGGGAGCUGGACUUGGUCCACCAGGUGCUGGAUGUUCCCAGGUAUUAACGAGCUGACAUCUCUGGAGGCCCACGCACGUGGCCACGCUUCAGCCUCUGGCCUCGCAUCAAAGGAGAACGAGGAGGCUGCGUGGUCGGGGCAUCUCUCUGGAGCAGAUUCUGUGGCCACAGUCUCCUGCAGAACGUGAGGGAGACCCCAGUUAUUUCACUGGCCGUUUCAGCGAAGCUCUCCCAGCUGUUGUGGCCACCUCCCCAGGCAAGGCUCCGGCUCCCAUCUGCUGAGGAAGAGCCAUGAGGAAGCGGUACAUGGUGCUGGCCCUGCUGGCUGCUGUGGCCCUGGUGCUCCUCAUCAUCGGCCUCUGCCUCUGGCUGCCCUCCUCCGGGCAACCCACCCAUGUGUACUCCAGGGCAGCCGUGGCCGCGGACGCCAAGCAGUGCUCGGAGAUCGGGAGGGAUGUGCUGCAGGAGGGCGGCUCAGCGGUGGACGCCGCCAUCGCGGCCCUGCUGUGCGUGGGGCUCAUGAACGCCCACAGCAUGGGCAUUGGGGGCGGCCUGUUCUUCACCAUCUACGACAGCACCACACAAAAAGCUGAGAUCAUCAAUGCCCGAGAGGUGGCCCCUGGGCUGGCCUAUGCCAGCAUGUUCAACAGCUCGGAGCAGUCACAGGAAGGGGGGCUGUCAGUGGCGGUUCCUGGUGAGAUCCGAGGCUAUGAGCUGGCACACCAGCGGCACGGGAGGCUGCCCUGGGCCCGCCUCUUCCAGCCUAGCAUCCAGCUGGCCCGCCAGGGCUUCCCUGUGGGGAGGGCCUUGGCAGCAGCCCUGGAGAGAAGUCAGGCUGCCAUUGAGCGGCACCCCGCGCUGUGCGAGGUGUUCUGCCGGAAUGGGAAGGUGCUGCAGGAGGGGGACACAGUGACUAUGUCGAAGCUGGCUGACACAUACGAGACGCUGGCCUUUGAGGGUGCCAAGGCCUUCUACAACGGGAGCCUCACAGCCCAGAUUGUCAAGGACAUCCAGGAGACUGGGGGCAUUGUGACAGCCGAGGACCUGAACAACUACCGUGCAGAGCUGAUCGAGGACCCACUGAGCAUCAGCCUUGGGGACGCCCAGCUCUAUAUGCCCAGUGCCCCGCUCAGUGGGCCCGUGCUGGCCCUCAUCCUCAACAUCCUCAAAGGGUACAACUUCUCCCCGGAGAGCGUGGAGACACCUGAGAAGAAGGGCCUGACCUAUCACCGCAUCGUGGAGGCCUUCCGGUUCGCCUAUGCCAAGAGGACCCUGCUUGGGGACCCCAAGUUCGUUGAUGUGACUGAGGUGAUCCACAACAUGAGCUCCGAGUUCUUUGCCGCCCAGCUCCGGGCCCGGAUCUCUGACGACACCACUCACCCGACCUCCUACUACGAGCCUGAGUUCUACGCGCCGGACGACGGGGGUACCGCCCACCUGUCCGUGGUCGCGGAGGACGGCAGUGCCGUGUCGGCCACCAGCACCAUCAACCUCUACUUCGGUUCCAAGGUGCAAUCACCGGUCAGCGGGAUCCUGUUCAAUGACGAGAUGGAUGAUUUCAGCUCCCCCAACAUCAUCAACGAGUUUGGGGUGCCCCCCUCACCGGCCAACUUCAUCGAGCCAGGGAAGCAGCCACUCUCAUCCAUGUGCCCGGCGAUCAUUGUAGGCCGGGAUGGCCAGGUCCGCAUGGUGGUGGGUGCUGCUGGGGGCACGCAGAUCACCACGGCCACUGCGCUGGCCAUUAUCCACAGCCUGUGGUUCGGCUAUGACGUGAAGCGGGCAGUGGAGGAGCCCCGGCUGCACAACCAGCUUCUGCCCAACACCACAACGCUGGAGAAGGACAUUGAUGAGGCAGUGGUUGCAGCCCUGAAGACCCGGCGUCACUACACAGAGGUCACUUCCACCUUCAUCGCUGUGGUGCAGGCCAUCGUCCACACGGCCAGUGGCUGGGCAGCUGCCUCAGACUCCAGGAAAGGCGGGGAGCCUGCUGGCUACUGAGUACUCAGGAUGGGCGAGGCUGACUGGCAACCCAGGGAUGAGAUGCCCACCAGGGCUGGGAGUGGGACUCUGGGGGACUUGCUUCCCCUGUGAGUGGCAAAGCAGUGCAAUAAACGAGGGCCACAGCGCCAGGCUCUUGGCCAUUUUGCCAGCUGGCUCCCGAUUCCCUGGACCUCAGCAUCCUGUGUGUGAGAUAGAGUCGUCCAACAGGGAAGGAUGCAGACGGGAGUCAGAGGUCUUCACACCUCAGGCCCUGGAGCUAGCCUCAGCA